AGUAAUUGAAAAUAUGAUUAAUGACUAAUAUUCAUCUUUUACAUUCUUUUUAAGUUGAAUCAAAUAUUUUAUGUAAAGAUUGUCUGCGAAUGCCUAGUGACUAUAGAUAACAAGGUUAUCAUGCAGAGUUGUACUGCAAGUUUAUCAUUAAUCUUAGCAAAAAGGAAUUAGAUACCAAGGUCAUGCAUCUACUACAUAAAGUGCUAUCAGUUAUUGUUUAUUGUAUGUAUUUAUAAUCGUUAUAAAUAUUGUUCGUGCAAAAAGUGUAGGUAAGCAUGGAUUGCUCAGUCUAUUUUAUUGGAGUAGAUGUAGGAUCUGGAAGUGUGAGAGCCGCUUUGGUCAAUGAAAAUGGUAAGGUCAUAGAAAGUGCAGUUAAGAGUAUACAAACAUGGAAACCAAAACCCGGAUACUAUGAACAAUCAUCAAAUAAUAUUUGGGAAUGCUGUAUAUCUGUAAUUAAGGAUAUUGUGGUUGGUGUGAAUCCCAAGCAUAUAAAAGGUAUUGGAUUUGAUGCAACCUGUUCGUUAGUAGCAUUAGAUGUUAAUGGAAAUCCAAUAAGCAUAAGUGAAACAAAAAAUAAUGAACAAAAUAUAAUUAUGUGGAUGGAUCAUAGAGCACAGCAUGAAGCAGAUUUAAUCAACAAAACUGGCCAUGAUAUUCUCAAAUAUGUUGGAGGUAAAGUCAGUUUAGAAAUGGAAAUGCCAAAACUACUUUGGUUAAAAAAACAUUUACCAAACACAUGGUUGCGGAGUAAAUAUUUCUUCGACCUACCAGAUUUCCUUACAUGGAAAGCGACAGGAUCAGAAAGCCGCUCUCUAUGUUCUUUAGUUUGUAAAUGGAAUUAUGAAUGUUCUUCUGAUGAACAUCAUGGAUGGAAUAAAAACUUUCUAAAAGAAAUAGGACUUGGCGACUUGGCUGUUGAUGAUUUUGUUAAGAUCGGUAACAAAGUGUUAAUGCCAGGUGAAUACUGUGGGGGUUUGCUGCCUCACGUUGCUACUACAUUGGGUUUAUUACCCAACACUCCAGUUGCAACAUCCAUAAUAGAUGCCCAUGCUGGUGGUCUUGGUAUGAUUGGAACUGUUGGAGAAAAAAUUUGUAAUGAUAUGUCGAGUCGUUUGAGCCUUAUAUGUGGGACAUCAACAUGUCACAUGGCUGUUAAUAGCAAACCGGUUAUGGUGAACGGUAUUUGGGGUCCUUACUUCAGUGCAAUGGUACCGAAAAUGUGGCUCAAUGAAGCUGGUCAAAGUGCCUCUGGGAUGCUCCUUGACUAUGUUAUAUCAAGCCAUCCAGCUGGUAUUGAGCUUUUGAAGAAACACAGUACGGGCAAUGUACGUGAACAUUUACGAAAACUGUUACACGAAAUGGCCGCUUCGAAAGGAUUUACCGAUCUUAAUCAAUUGACGAAAGAUUUUCAUAUGUGGCCCGACUUCCACGGAAAUCGUUCGCCUUUAGCUGAUCCUACUAUGACGGGUAUGCUUGUGGGAUUAACAAUUAAUAGCAGUGAGGAGAACUUGGCUCUUUUGUAUCUGGCAACACUACAAGCUUUAUCAUAUGGAACACGGCACAUUAUAGAGGCACUUACUCAAGCUGGUUACGAGCCAUUUAAGUCUUUAUUAAUUUGUGGUGGUUUAGCCAAGGAUCCAUUAUUUGUCCAGAUUCAAGCGGAUUCUGUCGGACUGCCUGUAUUAAUGCCACAUGAAAAGGAAUCGGUUUUAGUAGGCGCUGCUAUAUUAGGAGCCUGUGCAUCACAAUAUUUUAAUACUAUGCAAACAGCUAUAAAAAAUAUGGGUGGUCAAGCCAACGUUAUCCAACCAAAUGCUUUUAUGAAAUCAUUCCAUGAUAAAAAAUAUAAUGUCUUCAUUAAAAUGUUCCAAGAUCAGUUGCUGUAUAGAAAGAUGAUGAAUUAAAUUGGUACUUUUGUACAUAUUGUAUGAAUGUAGUAAGAAAUGUAAA